AUGAAGCAGAGGUAUACUUUUCUCGACAUCAGAGCAACGGUUAAUGAGCUGAGGCCCAGGCUGAAGGAGAAGUUUAUUCAGAAUUUCUACACAACAUCACAGAGAAUCAUUUACAUAAAGUUUAGCAACAAGGACAUUCUUCUUGUUGAGCCCGGGGUUAGGAUCCACCUGACGCAGGAGUACGACACGGACAUCUCCCAUUUCUGCAAGAUUCUGCGUAGGAAGGCCCGGAGAGACAAAGUCGUUGACAUAUAUCAAUGCGGGUUUGACCGUGUUGUUGUCUUGGAGCUCGGAAGACAGAAGAUUGUGUUUGAGUUCUUUUCUGGAGGAAAUAUCCUGAUCGUAGAAGACGGGAAGAUAGCAGAAGUAUUCCGAGUUGUAAGAAAUCUGGAUAUCGUCAAAGGAUCCGAGUAUGUGUUCAAUAGAGUUGACUUUGACUUUAGCGUUGAUGCCUUCAUUAAGAACGAUCUAAAGGACUUUCUUCCUCUGGACGAGCUUCUGGUCAAGGAAGUCUUGAAUGAGCUGAGCUCCAGAAUCAAGACCGAUGUCAUGGACAUGAAAAAGUCUGCAGAGAAUGGGAUUCCAAUUAAGCAGGAUACCCGGAAUGCGUUUGAGGAGUUCAUGAAGGGGUUUAGAACAAGGAUAGAGGAGAUUCAGGGAUAUGGAGGGGUUAUUAUGGAAAAAGGCAAGCCGUCGAGCCUGGUUCCCUUUAAGACUGCGGGGGCAAGGGACUUUGAAACAUUUAACGAGGCCGCAGAGUUUUACUUCCAGAGCAGAAAGAAGUUUGGAAAGAACGAUAGGGAGUCGAAGGUGGAUAAGGUUAGGAAAAGGCAGGAGGAGUAUGUAAAAGAAAUGGAGCAGCAAGGGGAGUUGCUGAGGAGAAAGGCAGAGCUGUUGGAAAGAAACUCGAAGCUUGUCAACAGGAUACUGGAUAUUUUCAAGGUUGUUAAAAAGAAUAGAAUAAAGUGGACCGACUUUGAGAAGUUCUGGGGGCAGGAGAACAAGAAGGGAAAUGAAGUCUCGAAGGCCAUUGUAAAGACAGACUUUAUGGCUCAUAAAUGCUGGAUAGUUUUAGAAGGCGAGGAGAUAGAGAUUGAUUUUGACAGCUCUCUGUUUAGUAACAUAAGCGGGCUUUAUCAGAAGAGUAAGAAGCUUGAAGAGAAGAUUAGAAGGACCAGGGACAGCCUCGAGGAGGUGCUGAAAAGGAUAGCGCCGAAGAUUGAAAGUAAGAAGAUUACAAGGGCCCCAUACUGGUUUGAGAAGUUUCACUUUUUUUUUUCUUCUGACGGAGUACUUGUGAUAGGAGGAAAGAAUGCACAGCAGAAUGAAAUUCUUGUCAAGAAGCAUCUGGAGCCGGGUGACCUGUACUUCCAUAGUGAUAUGCAUGGAAGUUCGAGCAUCAUUGUCAAAAAGGCUACGCAGAAGACGAUAGAGGAAGCCGCAUCGAUGGCGCUAUGCAUGUCGAAGUGCUGGGAGGCAAACGUUGUCUCUCCGGUCUGGUAUGUUUACGGCGAUCAAGUCAGUAAGACGGCGCCUUCUGGAGAGUAUUUAAAGAAAGGAUCUUUUAUGAUAACGGGAAAGAAAAACUAUGUGGAGUGCCACAGGAUUGAAUAUGGGCUAGGAUUGCUGUUCAGGGUUUCCGAGGACAUUGAAGAGCAGCUGGAGGGGAUGAAGAUUGAUGAGAAGGAGAGGCACAAGUUUGUCAGCGAUCCAGAGGGGAUGGAGAUAGUUCAUUCGAUGCCUGUGUGCGGGCCUUGGAGUGUUAUAUCAGCAUACAAAUACAAGGUUCGGCUUGUACCUGGCAGGGAGAAGAAAGGCAAGCUGGUACAGGAGAUAUCGAAAAGAUUUGCUGGGCAGGCUCCAGAUAGUGAGAAAAGCUAUGUAAGAAGCAUAUCUGUGGAAGAAUACAUAAACGUUCUUUUUGGGAGUACGAGGAUAGGGAAGUGA